AUAAAUGUUUAUUUUAAGGAAAGGCUGAAGAAUGAGUUCCGUACUAGUAGCAGCGAUUGAUUUCGGAACUACAUAUUCCGGAUGGGCAUUUUCUUUCAAGCAUGACUUUGAUAAGGAUCCAACAAAAGUUUCCGCCAAAAAUUGGAUCGGCGAUAAACUCGUCUCGGCAAAAGCACCAACAUGUGUUCUGAUUAAACCGGAUGGGAAAACGUUGGAUUCAUUUGGAUAUGCUGCAGAGACCAAGUAUGCGGAACUUGCAGAAGAAGGAGCUCACGAGCCAUGGUACUACUUCCGGAGAUUUAAAAUGAUGCUUUAUGAUCAGAUGAAAAUGCGAAGACACGUCAUGCUUGAAGAUGAAACAGGAAAACAAUUACCUGCAAAAACAGUGUUCUCACUUGCAAUUGAUUUUCUGAAGCGAGAUCUUCUAGAAGAUUGUCACAAACAACUAACAAAUGUCUUAACAGAAGAUGAUAUUAAAUGGGUUCUAACAGUGCCUGCAAUAUGGAAUGAUGGAGCAAAACAGUUUAUGAGAGAAGCGGCGGAACAAGUUGGUAUUCAAGGAUCAAAGUUAAAGAUUGCACUUGAACCGGAAGCAGCUUCCCUUUACUGUCGAUAUUUACCCGUUCAGAAAGGCCAUGAAGAUAAAUCCUUAGCUUCAUUUGAACCGGGGACGAAAUAUAUUGUCUUAGAUGCUGGAGGGGGUACUAUUGAUAUCACUGUUCAUCAAGUCAUAGUAGAUGGUAAACUCCGAGAGUUACACAAAGCUAGUGGAGGGGCUUGGGGAGGAACUAUGGUAGACAAAGCUUACGAACAAUUCCUUGCAGAUAUAGCAGGUCCAAAAGCAUUCCAGCAGUUUAAGGAAGAGCAUAUGGAUGACUAUAUUGAUCUGCUCCGAACGUUUGAGGUCAAAAAACGCGAAACGUCACCAGGUCAAUCAGACAAGGUUACUUUUCGUAUACCCCCUUCAUUUGCUGAUACUAUCAAAGAUGCCACUGGGUUGUCAAUUAAGGACAAAAUGAUAUCAUCACCUUUCAAAGGAAAGGUAACAUAUGUAAGCGGGAAACUUAGAGUUGAUGUUGAAAUUGCUAGGUCAUUUUUCACGCAAUCGGUAGAUAGCAUUAUAGAGCAUUUAGCGUCGUUAUUGAGGGAACGGAUGAACAGAGGAUGUACAUCUAUUGUUAUGGUUGGGGGAUUUUCGGAGUCAAAUAUUCUUCAAGAUGCUAUCAAGCGCACAUUUGGAAGAAGGUAUAAUGUCAUUAUACCGGACGGGGCCGGUUUAGCUGUUUUGAAAGGGGCCGUUAUUUUUGGUCAUCGGCCAAGUACAAUCUCCGAGCGAAUAUGCAAGUACACAUAUGGACAGGAAGGUUUGCAUAAAACAUCUCGUGCUUGUAAUCAUCCGCCGACCAAGACAAUAUCGAUUGAUGGAAAGUUAUACUGUUCAGAUAUUUUCAAGAAACACAUAACAAUUGGACAGACUGUAAAACUAGAGGAAGAACAAAUUGAAAUGAUCACAAACCCAACUUUUGCCGAGCAAAGGACUAUCAGUAGGAAAAUAUAUGCAUCAACAUCGCCUGACCCCUAUUUAAUCACUGAGCCGGGUUGUAUGAAAAUAGGCCAUUUUGAAAUAGCUAUUCCAGAUACUUCACUUGGAACAGACAGAGAAAUCGGAACAAGGUUUAUAUUUGGUGACACAGAAAUUGCCGUAAAAACUAAAGAUAAACAAACAGGACAAGUUCAAAUUAACUCUAUCGACUUUUUAGAAUGACAUUUGUUCUGUAUUCCUUGUCUGGUAAAGUGAAGAUUUUCUUUGUUUAAUACUAUUUUUUGU